UUCUGUAUGUCAAAUGUCAAUUGUCAAUUGGUGGUAAGUGGUUACCAUCGGUAGUGAUAGUGAGGUUAAGUUUUUAUUUUGUUUAUAUGUGAUUUAUUACUAAAAAUGCAUUUUUCUCUCUUGAGAGCCCUGGGUCAGAGGACAGUGGUCGUAUGCUUAAAUUCAAAACAUGUUGUAAACAUGCCAGCUUUGACGACAUGUAUAAAUAAGUUUCAUACAACUGGAAUGAACAGCGAUUUAAUGGAAUUUUUCGAUAUUAAAAAGAAUUGGAACGAAACAGACAUAAAAGUGGGAAGAGCCUGGAGACUAGACGAAUUAAGAAUAAAGUCAAAUACCGAUCUGCAUAAGCUUUGGUAUAUACUGUUGAAGGAACGCAAUAUGCUUUAUACUAUGGAACAUGAAUGCGAUAGCAAAGUGCGUUUAUUCCCGAAUCCUGAAAGAAUCGAUAAGGUUCAAGAAUCUAUGGAUAAUAUAGAGACUGUUGUGAGAGAAAGAAAUGUUGCUUAUUAUCAAUUGGAAACUGGAGAAACAGGUGAGCGUCCUGUUGAUAAUGUAAUCAAUGUCUUUGGCUUACCAGAGAAAUAUAAGCGACAGGAAUAUUACUUACCAAAGUUCAUGAAUUCAAGAUGGGUAAGACCUUAUUUAGAACAUGGAUAUGUUGGUAGUAUGGCGGUCAAGAAAUUUUUGAGACUGUACAAAGAAAAAAAAUUUAAUGAGGAAAGAAAAGCUCGCAAUCGAGAUUUCAAUCAUGUCCAACAAUUACUGAAGCGCUUCCCAGAUAUGGAUUUGGAAAAAUUAAAAGCAGAAUAUCCUAAGGUUGAUUUAGAAAAAGCUAAAAGGUCCAAAAAAGCAAGAGGUCACUGCAUCCCUAAAUAUUAAGCUCAACCUUAAUAAUUAGAAAUUUUAGUAAUUAAGCUCUUAAACAGUGCAAAAGAAAAUGCUUCUAAAACUUACAAUAAAUUACUUAUAUGUAGAUGUUUAAAUUGAAAUAAAACAAUGCAAUACAA